AUGCGGCCCUUUACUGUCGCAGCUGCGGCGCUCCUAGCAAGUGUGGUAGAUGCGUCGACUCUCCAACCACCCGUCCUUCCGUUGAUCGUGCGGAACCCAUAUCUGAGCACAUGGCUGCAAAACGCAAGGGAAGAGCCAUGGAGCAAAUGGCCCAUGUUCUGGACUGGAUCUGAGGUUGGCUUCAGUGUCAUGGCGUCGGUCCCUGACACCAACGAAGUCUACCCUUUACUCGGCCGACCUCAUGAUUCUCUGGAGCAAAAGGACAAGGAUUACGCGAUAGCAUACCCCAUAUACCGAGGUGCUAAAUACGACGCGUCGACGACCAACCUUACGUACUCUAUACCCGCACCCGAUGCACUCCGCUCAGCGAAAGACGUCGAGAUCACCUUGUCAUUCCUAUCACCCAUUACACCGACCUCGACGUUGCGCCAGACCAUACCGGCAGCAUACCUGUCUAUACACGUAGAAGGAACGUUCGAUGUCAACAUAUACGUGGACGUGAACGGACAAUGGGUCAGCGGCAAGAGGGAGAGCCUGAUAGAAUGGGGCUUGUUCCAGCAUGUCGCGCCGGGUCUGAACGAUAAGCUGAAGACGUGGCAAGUCAAGCGACAGGUUGAGCAGCUCUUCACCGAGACGAACGAUCAGCCCGAGUGGGGUCAGCUGCACUUUACUGGGCCAGUCGACGCGCGCCAUGAAUCGGGCACAUCCGCGCUCUUACGCCAGCGAUUUGCUCGAACCGGGACGUUGCAGAACGAGGUCGAUGGGAACUUUCGCGCCGUCAUGGAUGAAGAGCCCGUGUUUGCGUUUGCGAAAGCUUUCAAGCUGGCAAACUCGUCCACUACCAGCUCCAAAUCCAGCAGCAAAAGUGACAGCGUACUGUUUACGAUAACCCACAUCCAAGAUCCGGUCACACAAUAUGCAUCUGCUCGCGGUCUCACGUUCAUGCGGCCGUUGUGGAAGUCCUGGUUCCCCCAAGAUGACAAGCUCAUUCAAUUCCACUACGGCGAUUUCGCAAUGGCAAAGAGCCUCGCUGGCAACUAUUCGGAACAGCUGCGCAUCGAUGCCUACCAAUCUGGCUCCACGAACUACGUGGACAUCGUUGCCUUGUCUGCACGACAAGUCAUGGGUGCCACGAGCUUCUCCGGAACCAAAGACAAUCCAUUGCUCUUCCUAAAAGAGAUCUCCUCCAACGGCAACAGUCAAACAGUCGAUGUCAUCUUCCCAGCCUUUCCGUUCUUCCUGUAUACGCAGCCUAGGUGGUUGGCAUACCUGUUGGAGCCACUUCUGGAACACCAGCUGUCCGGCCAGUAUCCCAACAAGUACUCCAUGCAUGACCUUGGCGCACACUUCCCUAAUUUGACGGGACAUGCCGAUGGACGAGACGAGUACAUGCCUGUUGAGGAGUGUGGCGAUAUGCUGAUCAUGGGUCUGGCACUGGUCAACUCGUUAAGCUACAACUCCGACGCACAAGCUCAGUCUAUCUGGUCAACUAUCGGCAACGACGCAGACCGUAGUAUUGAUGCAACCAACGCAUUCUCUCUGAACGGCGUCGGACUGCACGGCGGAGUUGACUACAUCGAUGAGACUUGGGGCGGAAGCACCAAAGGCAUUGACCAAGCGAAGAAGUGGCUGGAAGGCAGCUAUGACCUGUGGAAGCAAUGGACUGGCUAUCUUGUCGAAGACGCUCUUGAGCCUCACAACCAGCUUUGCACUGAUGACUUCGCUGGCUGGCUGCCGCUUCAAACCAAUCUUGCCCUGAAGGGCAUUGUCGGCAUCAAAGCCUUCAGUGAAAUUGCUGACCUCAUGGAUCGACCCGGCGACGCAAAACACUACCGCAACAUCUCAGAGACGUACAUCAAGAAGUGGCAAGACUACGGCAUGUCGCGCGAUGGCACACAUGCCAAACUCGCUUACGAUUGGUACGGCAGCUGGACCACUCUAUACUCGCUUUACGCCGAUGCCGUACUCUGCUUCCACCCCACCAUCACAAACUCGUCUUCCCUAUCCGAACAACCAGAUUACGCAUCUGGAAACGAUGAAGCGCAGCGACCCUUGUCACCCUCCAAACACUCCUCCUCCAGCCGCUCACCCAUCACCGAAGACUUCAUCCCCGACAAAAUCUACAACCUCCAGAGUGACUGGUACUCCACCGUGAUGCAGAAAUACGGCCUUCCCCUGGACUCUCGUCAUCUUUACACAAAGUCCGAUUGGGAGUUUGAAGCUGCUGCCGUUGCGAAUAAGAAGGUGCGCUCUGAGAUUCUUGAUCGGGUGGCGCUUUGGUUGAAUGAGACGGUUACGGAUCGGCCCUUUACGGAUCUUUAUGUUACGGAGGGGGAUGGUGGGUUUCCUGGGCCGUGGUUCUUUGCGAGACCGGUUGUUGGGGGGCAUUUUGCGUUUUUGACGCUGGAGAGGGCUUGUGGUGGUGGGGGGAAGUAG